GGUACUCGUACCGUUGACACACUCACCAAAAAGACUUCACUUAUCACCACAAACUGUACCUACCAACUCUCAACAGAAUUCAAAGAUCAACCUAUAUUCAUCCAAACUUUUGAUACUAUAUAUUACAUCCCAUAUUUCUAAUCUAUAAAAACAUCCUUCAAAAUCAAACUAUACACUAAAAACUAUGAAUUCUGACAAUCCCAAAUCAUCAGAACUUCAUGUAGCUGUGUUUGCUUUUCCAUUUGGAACACAUGCUACCCCACUUCUAAACAUAACCAAAAGACUAGCAUCAUUUGCACCUAAUGUCAUUUUCUCAUUCUUUAGUACUUAUGAAUCUAACACAAAAACUUUUGCAGGGUCUAAAAAAGGUCUUAAUGAGGAUGAUCAUGACCAAAACUCAUUGAUGCCUAAUAUUAAGGCUUAUGAUGUGUGGGAUGGUUUGCCAAAAGAGUAUGUUUUUAAGGGUAAUCCCUUGGAAAUCAUUGAGCUUUUUAUGGUCUCAGCCCCGGCAACGUUGCGAAAGGCGGUUGCCGAGGCCGAGGAGGAUAGAGGGAGGAAGGUGAGUUGCAUGUUUGGAGAUGCAUUCUUGUGGUUUGUGGUAGAGAUGGCAGAAGAGAAAAGGGUGCCUUGGGUGCCAGCUUAUACUUCUGAAGAACAUUCACUUUCUGCUCAUGUUUAUACUGAUCUUAUUAGGGAAAAGAUUGGAAUGCAAGACAUUGCUGAAAAAAGGAAGGAUGAGCUGUUAGAAUUUGUUCCAGGAAUGUCAAAAAUUAGAGUAAAAGAUUUACCAGAUGGUAUUGUAAUGGGAAAUUCUGAUUCCUUUUUUGCAAAGAUGGUUCACCAAAUGGCUCGAGUCUUGCCUCGUGCAGCUGCAGUGUGUGUUAGUACAUGUGCAGAGUUCAACUCUGCUGCACUGAAUGAUUUAAAGUCUAAGCUGCCAAACUUGCUUUGUCUUGGACCUCUUAGUCUGAUGAUGCCACCCCCAAAAACUCCUGACAACUAUAAUUGCAUAGCUUGGCUGGACAAACAGCAGGAAGAGGCUCAUAACAAUUCAGCGGUGGUUGCGUAUGUUAGUUUUGGAUCAGUUGUGAGGCCUAGUCCAAGUGAGAUUGCAGCUCUUGCUCAAGGAUUGGAAGCAAGUGGAGUCAAGUUUAUAUGGUCUCUUAAGGACAAUUUCAAGGAACAUCUGCCACAUGGAUUUCUUGAAAACAACAAGGAGAAAGGGAUGGUAGUAUCAUGGGCACCACAAACAGAUAUAUUGGCACAUAAAACAGUGGGAGUAUUCAUAACCCAUUUUGGUCACAACUCCAUAAUGGAAAGCAUAGUUUCUGAAGUUCCGAUGAUCGGAAGGCCAUUUAUCGGUGAACAAAAGUUGAAUGGACGACUAGUGGAAGCCAUGUGGGAGAUAGGUCUAGAAGUCGAAGGCGGAGUUUUCACCAAGGAAGGAGUUGUUAAGAGUCUGGAAAGAAUUGUAUGGGGUAAUGAAGGCAAGAAAAUGAAAGAAAACAUCAGAGGUCAAAAAAAGCUGCUAGAAAAGGCCAUUAGUACUGAAGGAAGCUGCAAUGAUGAUUUCAAGAAGUUGUCAGAUGUUGUGAGCAAGUCAUGUUAAAGCCAGGCUGCCAUAGCUAGAGGCUAACAGGCUUAACGGCAAAGCUUCUGUGAACACUAACACACCCGAAACGUCAACGUUCAUUCUUCCUAAUGAGACUACAGUUCACAGAACUAAUAUCUAACUACUUCUAUAUAACUGCAUACUAGAUUGCAGGAAGAACUAGUAUCAAACAUCUGAACAAAACCACUGAGGUUGUGUUUUGGAGCUAAGUAUGUAAUGUUAUGAAUUUUAUGAUUACCUUCAAAAAAAUCUAAAGAAGAUUCAGGAUGUAAAACAUGAAGCUGGAUGAAUAUCCUAUGGGUUGGACUAUAUGAUAUGUCAUUUCAAAUCUUAUUACGCAUUCUAGAAUA